CCUCGCCGGCCGCCGUAGCCCGGCCCGGACAGUCUCCGCGGCGGCCGGGCCAUGGCGUCGCCGUCGUCGUCGGGCGGCAGCCCCAUCCAGAUCCCCGGCCGCCUGCCGCUGCUGCUGACGCCCGAGGCCGUGCUGCUGCCGGGCUCCACCAUGCGGGCCAGCGUGGACUCGCCGCGCAACAUGCAGCUGGUGCGCAGCCGCCUCCUGAAGGGCACCUCGCUCAAGAGCACCAUCAUCGGCCUCAUCCCCGACACGCGCGACCCGCCCAACGACCAGGACCCGCUGCCCCCGCUCCACAGGAUUGGCACGGCGGCAUUGGCAGUUCAAGUGGUUGGCAGUAAUUGGCCCAAGCCUCAUUACACGCUGCUGAUAACGGGCCUCUGCAGAUUCCAGAUUUUGGAACUGGUGAAGGAGAAACCCUAUCCGGUUGCCGAGGUCGAGCAGCUCGAUCGGCUGGAGCAGUUCACCAACAAGUCUAACUCCGAGGAGGAAUUGGGAGAGUUGUCCGAGCAGUUCUAUAAAUACGCAGUGCAGCUGGUCGAAAUGCUGGAUAUGUCAGUCCCUGCAGUGGCUAAACUAAGACGCCUGUUGGACAAUCUGCCUCGGGAAGCUUUGCCGGAUAUAUUAACUUCAAUCAUCCGCACCAGUAACCAAGAAAAGCUGCAGAUUUUAGAUGCUGUUGGCCUGGAGGAGCGAUUCAAGAUGACAAUCCCUUUGCUGGUUAGGCAGAUCGAAGGUCUGAAGUUGCUUCAGAAAACCCGAAAACCGAAACAGGAUGACGACAAAAGGGUUGUUGCUAUACGUCCCAUUCGAAGGAUUACGCACAUUGCAGAAGACGAGGAGGAGGACGAAGACCAUGAUGACGUUGUCACGCUUGAGAAGAAAAUCCGAGCCUCCAGUAUGCCUGAGCAAGCUCUCAAAGUGUGUGUCAAAGAGGUAAAGAGGUUGAAGAAGAUGCCUCAGUCAAUGCCGGAGUAUGCCUUAACUCGAAAUUAUUUGGAGCUCAUGGUGGAACUGCCGUGGAAUAAAAGUACAAGAGAUCGCCUGGAUAUCCGUGCAGCCAGAAUUCUCUUGGACAAUGACCAUUACGCUAUGGAGAAGCUAAAGAAGAGAGUGUUGGAGUACUUGGCGGUCAGGCAGCUUAAGAACAACUUGAAGGGUCCCAUCCUUUGCUUCGUGGGCCCUCCUGGAGUUGGAAAAACGAGCGUGGGAAGAUCCGUGGCAAAGACUUUGGGCCGAGAGUUCCAUCGUAUUGCUUUGGGAGGGGUGUGCGACCAGUCUGACAUCCGAGGUCACAGGCGCACCUAUGUGGGCAGCAUGCCCGGGCGAAUAAUCAAUGGCUUGAAAACCGUCGGGGUUAACAAUCCCGUGUUCUUGCUCGAUGAGGUGGACAAGCUUGGGAGAAGCCUGCAAGGGGACCCGGCAGCAGCUCUGCUUGAGGUCUUGGAUCCAGAACAAAACCACAGCUUCACGGAUCACUACUUAAACGUUGCCUUCGACUUGUCUCAGGUCCUUUUCAUAGCCACAGCCAACACCACGGCAACCAUUCCACCAGCACUGUUGGAUAGAAUGGAGAUCCUCCAGGUUCCAGGAUACACGCAAGAAGAAAAGAUGGAAAUUGCACACCGACACCUGAUCCCUAAGCAGCUGGAACAGCAUGGCUUGACUCCUCAGCAGAUUCAGAUCCCCCCAGAAGCAACGCUGGCCAUCAUCACUCGGUACACCCGCGAGGCAGGAGUUCGCUCUUUGGACCGCAAAUUUGGAGCUAUUUGCCGAGCGGUUGCCGUGAAAGUGGCAGAAGGCCAGCACAAGGAGACAAAGCCAGAUCGCUCUGAAGUGACAGAAGGAGAAGAAUGCAAAGAGCACGUUGCGGAAGAUGCAAAAGCCGAUGCCAUCGGUGAGACAGCUGACCUCGCUCUGCCACCAGAAAUGCCCAUUUUAAUUGACUUCCAUGCCUUGAAAGAUAUCCUUGGACCACCCAUGUAUGAACUAGAGGUAUCCGAGCGACUGAAUCAACCAGGUGUAGCGAUUGGUUUGGCUUGGACCCCCUUAGGGGGGGAGAUCAUGUUUGUUGAAGCCAGUCGCAUGGAUGGAGAGGGUCAGCUGACUUUGACCGGGCAACUGGGUGAUGUCAUGAAGGAGUCUGCUCAUCUCGCCAUCAGCUGGCUUCGUAGCAACGCAAAGAAAUACCAGCUGACAAAUGCUUCUGGAAGUUUUGAUCUCCUUGACAACACAGACAUCCAUCUGCACUUCCCAGCUGGAGCCGUCACAAAAGAUGGACCAUCUGCUGGCGUUACCAUAGUAACCUGCCUUGCCUCACUUUUCAGUGGGCGGCUUGUGCGUUCAGAUGUAGCCAUGACUGGAGAAAUUACACUAAGAGGCCUGGUUCUUCCAGUUGGAGGAAUUAAGGACAAAGUUCUAGCUGCACACAGAGCUGGGCUGAAGAGAAUUAUCAUUCCGCAAAGAAAUGAGAAAGACCUUGAAGAAAUUGCAGCCAACGUGCGGCAGGAUCUGGAUUUUGUGAUGACUAGCUGCCUGGAUGAAGUUCUGAAUGCAGCUUUUGAGGGGGGAUUUUCUGCCAAGACUAGACUUGAUCACUUCAGUAGUAAACUUUAAGAAAGUGACUGACUGGGUUUGCACAAGGAACGAAUUUCAAAGCUGAUGUUCACCUGGCAGGCUAUAAAAAUGAGGGAGUAUAAAAGCAGGGACAUUAGCCACCAGGUUGUCAUAGCAAGGGGAUCCUCUUCAAAGCGACCCCUGUAAAUCUGCCAGCCAUUCAUUUUGGCCUUAAUAUGUGUUAAUAGGGAACAAUCUAUAGACACAGAUUUCAACCCUAAUCUCUUUAAUGAUGAUUAUUCCUUUGUAAUAUUACAGAGUAGACUUCUUCAGGAGCAAAAGUGUAUUGUCCUCUCACAUGAUCCUGCAGGAAAUUAUUUCCUAACACUACUGUUGAUUUUCCCCCUCCAGAAAAAUGGAGGUGAAUGAGAUUUCCCAGCCUGAAUUUCAGUGAAAUUGGCAUAAGCAUUAGGCAGCAGUGCAAUUCAGGGUGUUUUUUGUUUUGUUUUAAUCCUAAGGAAUUUAAUGCAAAUGGUUAGUGCAGCAUGGGUCUUGUAAGUACUGAGAUCAGUUGUUUUUUGUUUCCUAUGAGGUGAUUUACAAAGAACAGGUUUUGAGGAGAUACAGGGGGUGGCUACAUUAAACAUAUACAACUUGUACUUCAAAUGCAGGAUUUGGGAGCAGAAGUACCAGGCUUUGAAUACUGUUGUUGUAUACACUGGAAACAGAACACUUUCUGAUAAGUGACUGCAUAUAUUGUUUGGCAUCUCCUACUGUUGAUCCUCCUUUAAUUGUUUUAAAUUAUAAAUUGCUACAUUCAUCUCAUUUCAGUGGGUGGAGGUAUUUACUUUGAGGGGGUAUAACAGAUGAGCUGCCUCAGCUGUUACGGGAUUGUUUUUUUUGGUUAAUUUUAAAACCUGAUUUUUCGCCAUUAAAAAUUUUCCUUUUCUGGA